GACGUCGACUGUGCUUUCGUGUUCCAAGGCGUCGUGACGUGUUUCUGCAUAAUAACGACGGAAAGUCUAUGAGGAAACUCGCCGGGUUUUUUUUCAAUUAGCAUCAUUGCUUUACACUCUAUUUCAUGUAACACGAACAUGCUGGGAAGUUUUCACUUUUCCAGAACCUGAGGCAAACAAGCUCGUUGGACCAUGUUGUAAACUACAUCCAAUACGGCAAGUACAUACACAGUCCUCUACCGAGCCAGCAGUCUAAUUGUGAAGUUGACACUGGUUUUAUAGAGCUGCAAACUGUAAAAACUUGUUGCUAGAAUCGUGUCAUCAGCAAAAUAUCGUAUCAUUUGUCAUGUCGUAAAAACUUUACAACUCUGCGUUUAAAAAAGAGCAGCAAAGGUGCUUGCCCCUGUUGACUAGGGGCGCGAGUAAUUUUUGAGCUGUCACUGUGGAGUGGUCGGGGAGUGAACCUAUGGACUGUGAUUCUGGUGAGGGAAUUAUGAAAUCAGACGAGGAGAUGGGUCGUGACAAGCCAUCUGGUGGAAGCUCCGCCAACCACAAUCAUUACACCAAAAGUAAAGGCAGCGAGAGUAGAAGAAUGGUAGACAUUACGAGAGACAAACCGAUAAAAGUGGCAGUCAGGGUAGUUGUGCCUGUACGAGACCAUCCUAAAUUUAAUUUUGUUGGUAAACUUCUUGGGCCCAAGGGUAACUCGUUAAAAAGACUCCAAGAAGACACCAUGUGCAAGAUGGCAGUUCUCGGCAGAGGGUCGAUGAAAGACAGGCACAAGGAAGAAGAAUUGCGAGCGAGCGGCGACCCAAAGUUCCAACACCUGAGCGAAGAACUGCAUGUCGAAAUAAGUGCUUUUGCAACUCCUGCUGAAGCUCACGCCAGGAUCGCGUAUGCUUUAGCGGAAGUUCGAAGAUUUCUUGUACCGGACUACAACGACGACAUCCGACAGGAACAAAUGUGGGAGAUGCAGGUGCUUUCGAGUCAAAGAAAUAACAACAAAGCAGACGAAGCAAGUGGUGGAUCGAGUUCGGGGGCGGAAUAUACAGGUGAAGACAGAUUGAGCAGUGAGACGGCAGAACCGGGACCAGAAAGCCCCCAAGAUGAGCAUCCAGCAUUACGUGGCAUUCAACCAGGAACUCCUUCGUCGACGGAGACAACGGCUAGCGCAACCACCGCCAACGGGAGCCAACUGUCUCCCACAAACGGCAUUGGCAACGGUCCAGCCACAGGUGGAGUCCUGGGAGUCGGGGGGCGCAAAAGACCACUUCUGGCAGGAGGCCUGAGGACAUCGAUGACUCCAACCAAACGCACGGUCAUGAGUCUUCUAGCCAGAGCCAGAGCAGCGCAAGCGAAGCAAUUACCUAGCACUUUUCAAAGAGGCACACCGGAGCGUACUACUACAUUGGUUCCUCUCUUGAGGGAAGAUUACAUUACGGGAGCUGUUAACCUUAAUUUAAUUUAAUAAUUUGAGCCGGUGGACGUACAAUUUAUAAAGUUUAUUUAAUAUUUAAUGAGAAAAAGGCGAUUGAAAAUUGAUCAGAUUCGAGAAAAUUAAUUGGAAUUAUUGUAGAAAAUUGAUUUAUCGGUUCCGGUCACCAGUCUAGGCAAACACUAACUACAUAUUUAAUUUAUUGGUCCGGAAAUUCGAAGUUUACUUGACACACAGAGCUUUUUGCUCUUAUUUUCACAAGGGGAUGAUUUCAAGCAGUGAAAGAAAUUUAGUAUUAUUAUGCCCGUGUUUUUUCUGCAAAUUUUCAAUCGCUUCGUCAGAUACAUAAAAUAAACGAUUUCUGUUUAAAUAUUUUCGGUAAUGACUGUUAUUUAUUAUUCUAAUGUAAUCAAUUAUUAUGCAAUGCACGGACCAAAUAUGAAUAUUUAUAAUCAAAACACAAAGUAGUAGUGCAAUGAAACGUUAAGUUUAUUUUUUGUACAGAGUUAGAUUUUAUCACAACGAAUUUAAAAAAUAAAUUAAUAUGAUAUUGUAAAGAGGAUUUGUUCCUAUAAUGCAUACAUGGAUGCCGUUGUCUUUUAUUUGUAUUAGUUUGUUUACGUGUUUGACGUUUUAUGGAGAAUGUGUACAUACAAACAUACAUAUUUAGAGAAAUCGCAUAUAAUAGGUUUCAUUCGCUUUUCUAGAACAUAUCGACUAGAUUUAAAUUGUACGUGUAAGAAUACCUACCUGAGAAAAAACAAUUAGUUCAGCUCAAAACAGACAGUUUUAAGCCAAACUAAUCCGUUGAAGUUAGUUGCCAAAUUAGUUUUUAAAUUAGAUAUUAAUAUUUUAGAUAAUGAUUGUAACAGUGGCUUUUAAUAUUGUAUGCGUUGAUUACCAUGAAUGUACUUAACGAAAAAUUUUAUAGUCACUGUCAUUAAAUAAUUAAUAAGCUAAAUGUAAGGAACUAAACCGAUAAUGUUAACUACCUAAUUGUAAUUUUUAAUAUUACAUUUUACUGUUAGCAUGUUUAAAAUGUCACAGUUAAAAAAAUUAAUGUUAAAGAUAUUGUGCUUGCAAUAUUCACACAUAAAAGCACUCAGAAUUUCUUUCUUAAUGUGUUUAUUAAAUAUAAAAAAUUAUAAAAUAAUAUUUAAACUACGCUCUAAUCAUAUGUAUUCUGUAAUAUGUGU